GACGGAUCUAGCAUGGGGUUUGGUCUUCGUCGAUUCUACAGCCCACUGCCCACGUAGCCACGCCCCAGCCAGCAACUCCAUCUUCUCUCUUCAUCGCAGCCCAUUGCUCCACCGACCACCGUCGUCAGUUCACCAUUCGUCCGGCACUCCGGCAAGUCGGCAAUAACUUGCAAAUGCUAUGAAAAAUUUCUGGAUGUGCUCUUGGACUGCCAAUUGGAACCCCUCUAUAAGAAAGUGAUACAGCUUAAAGCUUUACUACGUUUUAUCUCCGGAUUUAAUGUAGUCUAAAUGGCUCUCUAUCUAAGAAAGCUUCAAAGGCCACUAAAGCUUAGAGCUUUACAGCUCUCUAUUUCGCGGACUGACAGCAAUGAUAAACUUCUACGCGUUUUCUCCGGCAAAUCUGUUGAACCAGAUACACAAGCUGCAUGUAUAGGAGGGCGAAGGAAUGACGGACAACAAGUGCGGAUUCUUACUUGUCUGAUUCAUUCCGGUAAUCAUAGUUGUCUCCAUUAUAAUCGUUACGAAGUUCCAUUUGUAAGUGAAAAUACCUCAAAGUUGUAUAAUUACACCGAUUUUUAUUCAAAAAGAAAAUUUCUGGACUUGAAGUACAGAGAAUUCUGUAGUGGUGUAGAUUCUGGAUCUGAGUCAGAGAAUCAUGACGAAGGUGAAAGUGAGUGUGAGAGUGGAUGCAUUGAAUCGAAAGCGGAUCCAAGGGAGGUGGAUAGGGUGUGUAAAGUGAUUGACGAGUUGUUCUCGCUGGACAGAAAUAUGGAGGCCAUUCUGGAUGAAUGCGGGAUUAAUUUGACCCAUGAUUUGGUGAUUGAUGUAUUGGAGAGAUUCAAGCAUGCUAGAAAGCCUGCGUUUAGAUUCUUUUGUUGGGCUGCGCAGAGGCCAGGAUAUGUUCAUGAUUCAAAAACUUAUAAUGCAAUGAUGGCAAUACUUGGUAAGACUAGGCAGUUUGAGACUAUGGUGUCAGUUCUUGAAGAAAUGGGUGAGAAGGGAUUACUUACGACAGAGACGUUUGUAAUUGCAAUGAAGGCGUUUGCUGCUGCCAAAGAGAGGAAGAAAGCUGUUGGCAUUUUUGAACUGAUGAAAAAGUACAAGUUUGAAUAUGGAGUUGAGACUAUCAAUUGUUUGCUUGAUGCAUUGGGAAGGGCAAAGCUUGGAAAAGAAGCACAGGUUUUGUUUGAGAAAUUGGAGCAUAGGUUUACACCAAAUUUGCAGACUUAUACUGUUUUGAUCAAUGGUUGGUGUAAGGUGAAGAAGUUGAUGGAGGCUGGGAAGCUGUGGAAUGAGAUGAUUGACAAAGGUUUUAAGCCUGAUCUUGUUGCGCAUAAUAUAAUGCUAGAAGGGUUAUUAAGGUGUCAUAAAAGCUCCGAUGCAAUCAAACUGUUUGAGGUGAUGAAAGCAAAGGGUCCAUCUCCUAAUGCAAGAAGCCAUACAAUUUUGAUCCGAUACUUGUGCAAACAAAGGAAGAUGGAUGAAGCUAUUGAGUACUUUGAGGAAAUGCUCGGUACUGGAUGUGAGCCUGAUGUUGCAGUUUAUACCUGUUUGAUAACAGGGUUUGGCAAUAUAAAGAAGAUGGACCGAGCCUAUGCGUUGCUGAAGGAGAUGCGGGAGAAAGGGUGUCCAGCCGAUGCACAAUUAUACAAUGCCUUGAUCAAAUUGAUGAGUAACCGACGAAUGCCUGAUGAUGCAGUGAGAAUAUACAAGAAGAUGAUCCAAAAUGGGGUUCAACCAACUAUUCACACAUAUAAUAUGAUGAUGAAAUCUUUCUUCACGACAAGGAAUUAUGACCUCGGGUGUGCAGUUUGGGAGGAGAUGAACUCCAAAGGAUGCUGUCCCGACGAGAAUUCUUAUACUGUUUUCAUUGGAGGGCUUAUACGGCAGGGGAGAUCAGUUGAGGCUUGUAAAUACUUGGAGGAAAUGAUAGAGAAAGGAAUGAGAGCUCCUCAACUUGACUACAAUAAAUUUGCUGCUGAUUUCAGCAGAACUGGAAACCCUGAUAUAUUAGAGGACUUGUCUCAUAGGAUGAAGUUAUCUGGAAAAUUUGAGGUCUCAAAUCUCUUUGCAAGAUGGGUUGAGAUGAUGAAGAAAAGAGUAAAGAGAAACACCCAAUUAACUAAUAUAUGAUAUCUAGCUAGUCUUUCCUUGUGAACUACAGUAUCAAUGCCUUGUUUAAGCGGAUAAAUCACAAAAAAAUUCUGAAUUUUUCUAACAACUAUUAUACUAAUUUUUUUUUAAAAUAUUUGAAAUCAA